CAGGAAUACACGCGCAACAAAAUCCAAGCGGCGGCUGGCCUGACAGAGUUUUCGCAAACGGCUCACUUGACCGCAGUGCCGGGACGCACAGAGCAAAAUUUAUAAUACAAACAGUUUUCCGAUAAAAGCGCCAUCUGCUGACAGCUGGGUCGACCGGAUGAAACAGGAUGACUGCGUUGCCAUUCCUCUGUCCUGUACAUGUGGGUGUUGUUACCACUGGAGGCAUACACGCUGAACUGCACAAAUACACUUUGGAGAGAAAUCUAAGCAAGUUGGAGAAACUGCUGAAGAAGGGUGUUGAUGUGAACUGUUUAAAUCACUUGGGUCAGACUCCACUGUUCUGUGCUGCUCUGUUGGGCCAAGUGAAGGUGACGGAGCUGCUCCUGCUUUACGGAGCUGACCCCAACCAUCGCUGUGAGGACUGGAGCACCCCAGUUCAUGCAGGCGUAUUCUCCUGUAACCCUUCAGUGGUGAGUGGCUUGCUGGAUGCUGGAGGAGAUCUAAGACUCCAUGAUGGGGAAGGCAGGACGCCAUUUGACUGGCUCAGGGCUGCAAAGAAGGAAGGCCGUAACAGGAUGCAAGACUUCCUGGAGAGAUGCAUCUCCUCUAUGCAACAGCUGUGUCAGAGCCCAGCCAUGACGAAGCUCUACUGUAGUCCGUCCUACAUCUCAGCCUCCAUCUUGUUACACCCUGUAUCUUUGCUGGAUCGCAUAAAAUCACGUGAAAUUGACAUGCAGUUCAAUAAGAGGACAAACAGCAAGUCUUCCUGUACAGCUCACUGUUUAGGUUUUGGAAAGAUGUAUGUAAACAAGCCAUGCCAGGCGUUGGCUACACCAGCAUCUAUUCCACUGAUCAGAGAGAGUGAUCUGAGCCAGGCUGAUGAUGAACCUCUGCUAUCCUUCACCUCUGGCUCUUUGACCUCCAUGACCAAUUACAGCUGGAGGGGCUCAAGGGUGACAGUAAAAAGAAUGAGGGACCGUCAGACAGCCUAUUUGGACCUGCUCCUCAUAGAACAAGACUACUGCAGCCAGCUGUUCCACCCACAGCUGUUGCAGCUGAUGGCAGUGAGUCUGUCUGAUGACCUCCAGAGGACCAGUCUGGUGUUUGAGCCUGUCAGCAUCGGCACUCUACACAACCUGCUGCACAACAGGUGUGCAGAGUUUCCAGUGCUGCAGGACACAUGGCUGCUGUCAGUGAUGUUGCAAGUUGUUGAAGGUCUGCAGUACCUCCACGGAGGAGGCCUGGUGAUGAGGGCCCUGUCUUCCCAUAGUGUGGUCCUCACAAAGCUUUCAGUAGCCAAACUAACUGGUUUAGGCUUUAUGGUCCCCAGCAGUGAAAGUACAUGUGUCAAACCAACCAUGCACAUAGUCCUGCCCCCCAGCCUUUACAGAUGGGCUGCUCCAGAGGUCAUUAAACAGCGACCCUGCACAAAGGAGGCUGACAUCUACAGUCUGUGUGCUCUGAUCCAGGAACUCUACACAGAAAAUGAACCAUGGGGCACAGUACAGCUGGACAGGAUCAAACAGGAAAUGGAUGCAGGCCAGGCCCUGGCAGUAGACAGCAGCAUUCCACAGCCCUACUAUGAUGUAGUCCUGAAAGGCCUGCAACAGCACCCACAGGACCGCACAUGCAGCCUGCAGAGCCUGUGCUACACACUACAACAGGACAUGAAGAGGUUCUCCCUGGAGGAACAGCUGAGUGUUGAGCUGUAUGCUUACCCAGAACAAGAUGUGGGGCCUGGGGUCCAGACCACAACAGAGCAUAGCAUUUUGGGGGAACCAGUACAGAGCGUUGUUCGUAGAGCUGUCAGGCCAGUCAUAAUCAAGGCAGACACAGUAAUGGACAAACAGCCGUACAGAGGAGUAAAGCCAGAACUGGGGAGAGAAAGAGAUGAAUGUACGGAGGGAGAAUCCAUGCUCCAUCAAGUGUACCCUUACACAGACAUGCUUCCUCUGCUUGGUGAGUUUGACUCAGGUAGUGUUAAGGAAGAACUUGAACAAGAGGCAGAGAUAAACAGGGAGAUAGAUGAGCAGCUGGAUGGCCUGAAUCUGUCCAAAGUGACAAUGGAUCAGCAGAUCAACACCAUUGCGGUCAACCUCAAAGUGUCCCGUGAGCUGCUGCAGCAGGCCAAAAGGAGCUUAGACACAGUGGAAAAACACCUCCAGCUGGACCACAGAGGGGAGGAUCAAUUGGACUCAGUGACCGGGCUCAGAGAUGCUUCUCCCUAUAUCCAUACUGUCUCCUCUUGUGUCUCCUCCAUCUCUUCCUUCUCCAUGUCCUCCACAAAUCUUUCUGGAGUUAGUACUGCUGUUGGACCACAUUCAAAGUGGUACAGACUCUUACCGCACAGGGGAAAUCAUUGGGCAAAUAACCUGGAGGCCCAGCUUCUCAGCAGAGAUUGGGAAAUGAUGAGCCAGGAAGAGCUGACUUUAUGGCUGAGUCAUUAUCCAACUGAAAAGCAGCAGUAUGAGGGCUGGUUGCUGCCUUUCCUUUCCUCAGGUUGCUACAUGACAGAGAGCCGUUCAGUGGGAGCUGAGCACAGCAAAGAGGAGCUGAGCCAGUACAGAUCAGCUCUGGAUGACAGCCUUCUCAACAGCCUCUCUGGGACGAAGCAGCAGACAUGCCGUUCACAAGAAAAUGCAGAUAUUACAGUGGAGGUGUGCAGGCCAGCAGCUAGUGGGAAUCUACUGGAUACUCACAACACCAAAUAUGAGAGCUUUCCAAACAACUGUGAGAAAAUGGACACUGAUCCUGGUGUCAGUGGAACACAGGCACAGUAUACACCCCACACUAACAUGGCACCGUCAGACAUGGCUGUGCUGGCUGAACUAUCCAGCAUCACAUACUCUCCAGCUCCACCUCAGGAGAAACUCUACAGUAUCUCUGUCAACAGACGAGCCCCACCCUGUAAUAGUACCCCACGUAGCCCAGACGUACACCGGCGUGUGAUGAUGAGUAUUAUUGAGGCCAAUCUCCCAGGCUCGCCUGCCUGCAGCCACCUCAGUUCUGUGUAUCUCAGGACUGAGAGUUUCACCACACCAAAAGAAAGCUCAGAAAAGGGGUCCAACAUUUUUCAGCCUCCACCUUUCAAGGUAGACUCUGCCAGCAGUCCCCAGGGCUUCAUCACAGCCAGCCAGGAGGAAAGGCUGUUCAUAGAUACUGUAUCUCCCAGUUCCAGAUGCUGCAGCACUGUGGAAGGAGAGUGCAAAAUAGAACAAGAAGAGGGAGGAAAUGGAGCAGGAGGGUCUGACCAGGGGCAGAGUGAAGAGAGGCAGGAGGAAAUGGAUGGAAUCAGUCAAAGUCAACCAAGGGUAUAUGUAGAGGAAGAAGAGGAAUACAGGGCAGAAGAGGAGCUUGAGGAAACGGAGAAAGGAUUACAGAUGGUCAAAGAGUGCACUAAAGGAGAAGAAAACAUGGAAGAGGAGUACAAGGAAGGAAAGCAUGUCAAAGAAGGGGAGCAUGGCUGGUGUGACCCACAGAGAGAUUUAUUUGUUCACUCAGAUGAGCCUGGUGCAGACACAGUGGCUGCGGAUCCAGAGAAGAAGAAAGAGCUCAGUCCCAGUUUAUUGAAGGACAUCAGAGCUCACUCAACACUAGAUGAUGUGCUGCAGGGCUUUGUAGUGGAGAGCACCAGAAAGAGCCCGGGACCAAGUGAAGGGGUCACCACAUUGUUUCAGCUGUUUGCUGGGCAGACUGGUGAUGAUGAAGGACAACCAGUAGGACGCCAUGUAGACAGUCAGCAACAGUGAUGACCGGGCCACUGCCUGAAAACACUGUCUCAACUGGAGAACUGUGUUGGAGCAGGACUCUUUAUGAGCCAAACAACAAAUCAAAGGAAAAUGUUCUUUGUGUGUCAAAAUGCAGAUUUGUUUUGUUACUAGUGUUGUAUUUCCAAGGAUGUUUUGUUUGUAGUGCACUAUUACUAGUUUGCUGUUUUUAAGCGGUUUGUUAUUCUGAAACAUUUUUUGAAUUUUACGUAAACAGCUGCUUAAGCUAUGAAUAAAGUGACUUUAUGAAUUGAAUGUUAAAGUAAGACCUGUAAUAAUUUGAAUUGUUAAAGAAUUUAUUCAAAAUUGUUCAUAAGUCCUUUUAAUGUACACAGAUAAUUUUGUGUGCAGCAUGUGAAACUCAACCCAUCCUAGACGUCCCACUGAGUCAUCGGGUUCCAACAACAGAACCAUUUGAGCUUAACGUCUCUGUGAAAUAAGGACAGACAAAACGCUGUCUGCAAAUGUGUUUAUUUUACAUUGUGCUUUUUAAAGAUGUGCAAAUAAAAAUGAUAUACAAAGACA